CCUCCGCCGUCCUUCCUUUCAUUCUUGUAAUCCGUCUGCGUAGGGUGUGCUCCGGAGCUAGCCUCGGCACACAUUUUAUUAUUAUGAAACAAACCAAAAGCUUGUGAGCACCCGCAGACAUAUUUUUAUAAGAAAACCUAAAAUCGGUGAAGCAGGAUUUGAUUUGCCAGCCAAGCAACACGAAGAAGACGCUGCCUUCGAAAAAGAACGAAAGACGGAACGACGAAAACGGUGUUAGCAAGCUACGUUACUAGCGUCAUUGUCGACAGAGCGGCUAAUUGGCGAUAGCCUGAUAGUUUCCCCCCAUUUAAACACGUUUUACCUCUUGGCAAGUUAUCCGUAGCUGCUCGUAUUAAUAGUUUAGCGCUCUCUGUGACUUUGAAGGAACUAAAACCCCUAAAUUGUGACCGCUAAGCCAAACCAGAAAGAGGAGGGCGAUUACACAUUUAGACUGCCCGACAGCCACCGCUACGCAUCGAGCCCAGACACUCUCGGGUUGAUUGGAAACAGACGUCGGCCGACAUGAAUCCCAGCGCGCCUAGCUACCCCAUGGCCUCCCUGUACGUGGGGGACCUGCAUCCAGACGUCACCGAGGCCAUGCUCUACGAGAAAUUCAGCCCGGCCGGGCCCAUCCUCUCCAUCAGAGUGUGCAGAGACAUGAUCACCCGCCGCUCGCUGGGAUACGCAUACGUGAACUUCCAACAGCCGGCCGACGCUGAACGAGCUUUGGACACGAUGAACUUCGACGUGAUCAAGGGCCGGCCUCUGCGCAUCAUGUGGUCUCAGCGUGACCCCUCGUUGAGGAAGAGCGGCGUGGGAAACAUCUUCAUCAAGAACCUGGACAAGUCCAUCGACAACAAGGCCCUCUACGACACCUUCUCCGCCUUUGGGAACAUCCUCUCCUGCAAGGUGGUUUGUGAUGAAAAUGGCUCAAAAGGGUACGGUUUUGUGCACUUUGAGACCCACGAGGCCGCCGAGCGUGCCAUUGAGAAAAUGAACGGCAUGUUGCUCAAUGACAGAAAAGUGUUUGUUGGCCGCUUCAAGUCACGCAAAGAGAGGGAGGCGGAACUCGGGGCCCGCGCCCGAGAGUUUACCAACGUUUACAUCAAAAACUUCGGGGAGGACAUGGAUGACGAGAAGCUGAAGGAGUUGUUUAGCAAAUACGGUCCCGCUCUCAGUAUCCGGGUUAUGACCGACGAGAGCGGCAAAUCCAAGGGAUUUGGCUUCGUCAGCUUCGAGAGACACGAAGACGCACAGAAGGCUGUAGAUGAGAUGAAUGGCAAAGAACUGAAUGGCCGACAAGUGUAUGUGGGCCGCGCGCAGAAGAAGGGCGAGCGCCAGAAUGAGCUCAAACGCAAAUUUGAGCAGAUGAAACAAGAUCGCAUGACCAGAUACCAGGGUGUCAAUCUGUAUGUGAAAAACCUGGAUGAUGGCCUGGAUGACGAGCGUCUGCGCAAAGAGUUCUCUCCAUUCGGAACCAUCACAAGUGCAAAGGUGAUGAUGGAGGGCGGCCGCAGUAAAGGCUUCGGCUUCGUGUGCUUCUCCUCCCCAGAAGAGGCCACUAAAGCUGUGACAGAGAUGAAUGGGCGCAUUGUGGCCACAAAGCCUCUGUAUGUGGCCCUGGCUCAGCGCAAGGAAGAGCGUCAGGCCCACCUCACCAACCAGUACAUGCAGAGGAUGGCCACAGUCCGCGCUGUGCCCAACCCUGUCCUCAACCCCUACCAACCUGCGCCGCCUUCGGGUUACUUCAUGGCAGCUAUACCACAGGCUCAGAACCGGGCUGCGUACUACUCUGCCAACCAGCUGGCCCAGCUUCGCCCCAGUCCCCGCUGGGCCACUCAGGGAGUGCGCCCUCAGCAUUUCCAGAACAUGCCCAACGCCAUGCGUCCAUCAGCACCAAGGCCGCAAACCUUCAACACCAUUCGCGCCACAACUACCACCAACGCCCAGGUCCCACGCAUGAUGGCCUCCCAGCGCAUGCCGACCCAGGCUCUCGGCCAACGGCCCGCCAGUGCUUCAGCCACUGCCGCCCCAGUCCGUGCCAUGCCUCCGUACAAAUACCAUCCUAACGUGCGCAACCCUCAACAGCACAUGGCGUCCCAGCCACAAGUCGCCAUGCAGCAGCCUGCUGUCCACGUCCAAGGCCAGGAGCCCCUGACUGCUUCCAUGCUGGCCGCUGCACCUCCUCAGGAGCAGAAGCAGAUGCUGGGUGAGCGGCUGUUCCCCCUGAUCCAGAACAUGCAUCCGAGCCUGGCGGGUAAGAUCACCGGUAUGCUUCUGGAGAUCGACAACUCAGAGCUUCUUCACAUGCUGGAGUCACCUGAGUCGCUGCGCUCCAAGGUGGAUGAGGCUGUUGCUGUGCUCCAGGCCCACCAGGCCAAAGAGGCUGCUCAGAAGUCCACCACCCCCGCCGGUGUUCCCAGCGUCUAAGCUUGAGCAUUUUGAAACCUGCUUCACCGAUGGAAAAAGAGAAAAAAAACUUAAACAUCGAAAAACCUAAAACUCAGAAAACAUUGCAAAAUGAUAAAUUAUUUCUUAAAAAAAAAGAUUGAAUCUGCCAGGUCUAGAGAUGGUUUGACUAGACCUUGAUCAUAAAGAAAAAUUAGUUUAAAAAAAUAGCAAAAUAGAUAAAAUUGAAAAUUGUAAUAAAUUUGAAUGCAUUCCUCUGUUUUAUGUCAUUUUACUGUGUCAGUGCUCAAAUUGCCGGCAAUAUCAGGGAUGUGGUUGCCGAGCAUUUUGGGGUGAUUUGUAUCGCAAACUACUGGCUGUAAUAAAACGUCAUUCGAAAAUA